AUGCAUUGCCGCUCUUGGCGCAUAAAAUGCGUCUACUCCAUUCGGAGAUUCGUCUCCCGAGCAGAUCAAGACGUUCAGAUCGCAAGGGAUUGGCUCAAGACCCUCAAUGCCAAAACCCUCCGCCAUAUUGGCGAAGUCUCGUUCAGCCGGUCCAGCGGCCCGGGCGGCCAAAAUGUGAACAAAGUCAACUCCAAGGCUACUUUAAGAGUCCCCUUGGACACGUUAUUACCCUUGGUUCCGCGGUUGAUUCACCAACCCCUGAAGGAUUCCCGCUAUGCCGCCGACAGAUCCCAGUCUCUGGUCAUUCAAGCCGACGAGGAGCGAAAACAGUCCAACAAUGUGGCGUCGUGUUAUGACAAGCUCCUCCACUUGUUACAGGAUUCGGCAAAGGCGGCCAUUCCGGGGGAAACUUCCCGAGACCAGCGUGAUCGCGUUCACAAGUUACAACGAGCACAGAACGAAGACCGGAUCAAGGCCAAAAAGCAACAUAGUGAGAAGAAGAACAGCCGGCGAGGAAGUAAACAUGACGAUUAG